AUGUUCAGGAUCAAAAGGGUUUCAGUCUCAGCCUUCAACCAAUCUCGACCUUCAUCACAUUUACAUUUAAAGCCUUCGAAACCCUUGAAUCAAAUGCGAAAUCUGAAUUCUAAACCAUCAAGAUUGAAAUCAACAACCUCUCCAUUGAAGAAUAUCAAAGUGUUGGAUUGCUCUAGGAUAUUAGCUGGUCCAUUUGCCGCUCAGAUGUUAGGUGAUAUGGGAGCAGAAGUGAUUAAAAUCGAAGAACCAAGAAAAGGUGAUGAUACACGUUGGUUGAAAACUUUAAAAGAAUCAAACGAAUCCAAUUUCAAAUCCACUUCUAGUUUAUCUAAUUAUUUUAUUUCUUGUAAUCGAAAUAAAAAAUCAUUGACUUUGAAUUUAAAGGAUCAAAAAGGGAUUGAGAUUUUUAAAAGAUUAGUUAAAGAUUCAGAUGUUUUGAUUGAAAAUUUUAUGGUAGGUAAAAUGGAAGAAUUAGGUAUAGGUUAUGAAGUUUUAAAAACGAUCAAUCCGAAUUUAAUUUAUUCGAAUAUUUCAGGAUUCGGUAGUACAGGACCUUUAUCAAGUUUACCAGGUUAUGAUGUAAUAGCAGCAGCUCAAUCAGGUUUAAUGUCAAUCACAGGUGAACCUGAUCGAUCACCUAUGAAGAUUGGUGUAGCUUUAAGUGAUUUGAUUACAGGAAUUUAUACUUCUUAUGGUAUUUUAGUAUCACUUUAUCAACGCGAUGUUAAUCAAAAUCGGAUUGGUGGUCAAAAAGUUGAAAGUUCAUUGUUUGAAUCUAGUUUGAGUGUUUUGGCUAAUAUUGGAUCUAGUUAUUUAAAUUCCAAUGAAAAUGGUCAAAGAUGGGGUACUCAGCAUCCUUCGAUAGUUCCUUAUCAAGCUUUUGAAACUAGUGAUGCUUAUAUGAUUGUAGGUACUACUAAUGAUAGACAGUUUCAAAGACUAUGUGAUGUACUAGACCUACCUUCACUGAAAACCAAUCCAUUAUACUCAACCAAUUCAUCAAGAGUUACUAAUCGUUUAAAAUUAAUUGAAAUCAUAAAUCAAAAACUUAAAAGCCAAUCUACAUCGGAAUGGUUAAAGAAAUUCAAAACUUCAGGUUUACCUCAUUCUAAGAUCAAUUCAAUUCAAGAAGGAUUUGAUGAAUCACAAAGUUUUGAAAGAGAAAUGAUUGUAGAAAUCGAUUGUGAAAUGUCAAAAACUGGUAAAAUCAAAUUAAUUGGUAUACCUAUCAAAUUAUCUGAAACACCUGGUCAAAUUCAAUUUGCCCCACCUGAAUUAGGUCAACAUAAUCAAGAGAUCUUGAUGAAAUUGGGUUAUAAUCUUGAAAAUAUUCAUCAAUUUAAAAAAGAUGGAGUAAUUUAA